UCGACCAAUUUUCGAGACAUCGCGUAAAGUGUGUUCGGUGUUCCUGUAUUCGUUAAAAAUCAUCGAUUCGGUUGGGUGUCGUGUCGUUUAACCUUUUUAAAUUAACGAAAUCGGAGAGAAUAUCAAAAUAAGAUUUUCUUUAGCUAAUCUUUACGCAUCUUCACAGUUUUACGGAAAUCUCCCUGGUUUGAUAGUUACACAGUAAUAUCUCAUGUACACAAUGAUUCGAUAUGGAGUACAGCUUACUUUUUACCCCCUUUUCAUAAAUUACAUAUCUAUAUGAUGUUCUUUUUAAGUUUCCUAUCUUAGUCUUAAUUAUUUGCAUAAAUCUCUCAGCAUUAUUAGUUACUCCAAACAAUUAGUACAUUUGUCACAGAAACUACAGUAAUUUAAUAAGAUACAUUUUUUCACUUAACGUAAAGUGUAGAUUUAAUAACGAUCGAGUUGCAGUUAGAGAAAUAUUAGUAUCGUAAGGAUUCACUUUUUUACAGCAAAAUUGUUUUCGAUUAUUCUAACGUUUAUUUUCAUUCGGUAACUACAACUGGGAGUAGCUACGUCGUACUAUAUCAUGUAUAUUUACCAAAUUCCAAAGCAAACUAGUAAUAAUAAAAACCAUAGAACAACAUAAAAUAUCAAUUCGAUAAACACAAGACGCCAUUGGAUAAAAUAUACCUAAGAGGCUUGGUUAACACCACGGUAACUCAUUCAUCGUUUGCUCCGUGAUUCUAGCGUUUAGUGUAACAGCUACCGGAGUUCAACUCGGAUGUUUUGGCAGCUGAUUUAAUUCUUACUGACCAUUAUCCGUAGAAAUAUUUUGAAAAUUUUUGGACUGUCCAUGCUAAUGGAAGGAUCGCGUGGUGUUGUGACAGUAAAUUUUUUGUGGUAGUUCGAUACUAAGUAAGGGACAACGCACGAUAAAGCUUCUUGCUUUAUUCGGGGAAGUAGCGAACGAUGACGUCAUGUGCUGAAACAUAAGCUGUUUUCACCUUGUUCCGCUACAACAGUAUUUCGCGGGUACAGGUGCAAACAAUAUAAAAUAAAAAAAAUUUAUUGGCGUUUUGAUCGCUUAAUAAAUUAACAACACAAUGGAUUCUGAAGAGGAAACAUACGAUGAUGUUGAUUCUGGCAAUGAAUCCAGUGGGGAUGAUGUGGAUUUUGCUAUGGAAAUAGAAGCUGAAAAUCCAAGGGAACGGACAACAGAUGUUGAUGAUUAUCCUUUUGAAGUUUUGUCAACAGAAGAGAUAGUGCAACAUAUGAUUGAUUCCAUAAAAGAAGUGAAUACAGUUGUAGAAAUACCAGCAACAACCACACGUAUUUUAUUGAAUCAUUUUAAAUGGGAUAAAGAAAAAUUAAUGGAACGUUUCUAUGAUGGGGAUCAAGAAAAAUUGUUUGCAGAAGCAAGAGUUAUUAAUCCAUUUAGGAAGGGUCCAUUAAUAAAUAGAAAUCAAUCUUCUCAAAGCUCUUUGUCUAGAAGAACAUCAACAAAUGGUACAGAGGAGUGUGGAAUUUGUUUUAUGGUUCAACCAACAGCGUUGAUGACUGGACUUGAAUGUGGACAUCGCUUUUGUACUGGUUGUUGGGGAGAGUACCUCACUACCAAGAUUAUGGAAGAAGGGGUGGGUCAAACAAUUGCAUGUGCAGCACAUGCUUGUGACAUUUUAGUAGAUGAUGCGAGCGUUAUGCGUCUUGUAAAAGACUCUAAAGUUAAACUGAAGUAUCAACAUUUAAUAACAAAUAGUUUUGUCGAAUGUAAUAGGUUACUAAGGUGGUGUCCAUCUCCAGAUUGUAACAAUGCUAUAAAAGUACAGUAUAUCGAAGCAAGACCUGUGACUUGCAAGUGCGGCCACACAUUCUGUUUCCAUUGCGGUGAAAAUUGGCACGAUCCCGUGAAAUGUCAUUUACUCCGUAAAUGGCUAAAGAAAUGCGACGAUGAUUCGGAAACAUCAAAUUGGAUUGCUGCAAACACAAAAGAAUGUCCCAAAUGUAAUGUCACCAUCGAAAAGGAUGGUGGAUGUAAUCAUAUGGUCUGUAAAAAUCAGAAUUGCAAAACUGAUUUUUGUUGGGUAUGCCUUGGACCAUGGGAACCGCACGGAUCUAGUUGGUAUAAUUGUAAUCGUUACGACGAAGAAGAGGCUAAAGCUGCCAGAGACGCUCAAGAAAAAUCAAGAUCCGCGUUACAAAGAUACUUAUUUUAUUGCAAUAGAUAUAUGAAUCAUAUGCAGUCAUUGAAAUUUGAAAGUAAACUUUAUGCAAGUGUAAAAGAAAAAAUGGAAGAAAUGCAACAACAUAACAUGUCAUGGAUCGAGGUACAAUUCUUAAAAAAAGCAGUGGAUAUUUUGUGUUCUUGUAGACAGACUCUUAUGUAUACUUACGUUUUUGCUUAUUACGUGCGAAAGAACAACCAGUCUGUGAUUUUCGAAGAUAACCAAAAAGAUCUAGAGGGCACAACAGAACGUCUCUCGGAAUAUCUCGAAAGAGAUAUCACAAGUGAAAACCUUGCUGAUAUUAAACAAAAGGUUCAAGAUAAAUACAGAUAUUGCGAUAGUCGGAGAAAAGUGCUUUUGGAACAUGUACAUGAAGGUUAUGAAAAGGACUGGUGGGAGUAUGUGGAAUAGAGAGCUAUACCAGCUUUAUUUUUUAGGGGUGUGAGACAAGUUUUCCUUCUUGUCACUUUUGCCCCAGCUGUGAUAAAUCAAGAAAGAUGACAAGAGACAAAAAUAGAGCAUGUCACCAAGUGAUUUACGUGUUAGAUAUACUUUAAACACAAUAUGAUCUGUGGCAACACAUAUAUCGUUAUGAAUUUUGAAUUAAUUAAAAUUGAAUCCUAUUACCAUCGGGUUAAAUGUAAAAUACUUUUGUAUUGAUUACUGAUGCUAAUUUGCGCUUACUGUGUGCUAUUCAUCGUUGCAUAUUUCGAUCCUUCAUAAUAUGCCUUGCAAUACGAUAUUUUCGAAUCUCAAAUGAACUUUCAUGUGCAGACACAUCAGACGAUCACGAAAGUACGAACAAAAUCGAACAGUGUGUCGCAAUACUGAACAAAAGGUUAUAUCAAAUUUGCUUAAUAUAUUUUAAUGCCAUAGUGUAAUAAUACAGUGCACCUUUUCAUAAUAAUAUAAGAUUCUCUAGAAAGGUAUUUAAUUGAACAUUAAAGAAAAAAAACUUUUCAAGAGUUCUUUAAAUAGUACGUGGAAAGGUUAAUAUAGAACUAGAAUACUUUAAUCUGUCUCUUAUUAUCAGUCCUGUUCAUUCGAUUUAUGAAGGGAUAAUUGAACAUGACAGACUAUCGGUGCAAAUAAGAUUCAUAAAAUAUCUUAACAUUUUGCUCUAUUUUGGACAGCAAUACGUCCAGGCUAUCAUUGCCAAUCUUUAUAAAAAUUGAAUUAAAGUGAUCAUGUCGUCAGUAUCGUGUGCGAUUUGUCUAUCGAGUUAUACUUCUUUACCGUUUACUUUAUUGUUAUUAUUAUUAUUCUUCUUUUGUACAUGAUAAUAUCAAAAGGCGCUAUACUUGCAAUCAGUGAUUCAUGUACAUAUAGGCACAACAAAGUCAAAAUUGAUGUAGAAUUAUGAAAAGAAAAAUACUCAAAAUGCCGAUGAAGCACAGAGACUCCUUGGUAGGAAUUCAGAUUUUUUAUCCUCGAUACAAAUUUCGGGAUCAUGUCCACUGUUUACGUUUAUUCGGUGUAAGUGGCUUGACCACUCGCUUGAUUGACGGCUGUGUAAAUAAGAAAGAUCGAUUCCUGGAAUAAAAAUGUCUCGCAUAGUCGUUACAAAUCCCCAAUCACACCCGAUUUUACGACGUUUAUCGAGGAGUUUCUGUAGAUCUCUAAAUCGUUGGCUCGGGACAAAUUAUCAGAAUCGAACUCGCAUAAUAUAAAGGGGUCCAAUAUUUCUAGGAGUUUGUAGCAUACACUAUUUUACUUUUAGUAUAUUGUUUAACGAAAGAUUCAAUUUAUUAGCAUUAUGUAUUUAUACGACAAUUUUUACAUAUUCAUUAUAUGUGAUCAUACAUCAUAUCAUGACUUUAUUUGUUCGAAAUUUAAAAGAAAAAAAAUUAGCAUUACACAUUUCAUUCAUGACAGUACUGUCACUUGCGUUAAAUUGUGUUUAUUAAAUGUGAUAUUCUCAUAAUGCUGACGAUGUGUUUCAUAUAUCAUUAGCCAAUUAAUUCGAGGUUAAUGACCAUGAUACAAUGAUCACUUAUUGUUGUAUAAGUGGGGAACGAAAUAAGUGUUCCGUUUGUACAGUUAUAUAGUUAUAUAUUCACACAUAAAUGCAUAAUACAUACUUAUAUAUAGUUGUAAUAUCAAUAUUAGCAAACUUAAAGUAGAAACAUUUGAAGGUUUAUUAAAAAAAAAAGUUGUUGAUUCUUACUAUUAUCCACGUUAGGGAAUAAAAAAGUAAAAUGCAGUUGUUUUCUGUACAGUCACAAAAUUCGAGUAGAAGUAAGAAGACUGUUAGAUAUAUUCACAUGAAAUUAUUCUCUAGUUUCGUGGUUUUGUAUUGUAUAUUCAUGUAAUGCAUAAAAUUAUAAAUAAUAAUCAGGGAAUCACCUUUUUUUAUAUUCAACAAAUGUAAAAAAUAUUCAGAAAAGCUUAAAAAACUUACAUGUAA